UAUACUCACACACACAAACAUACACGAGCAGAUCCAGCAUCUCUUAGUUUGGGCGUCGAACUCGUAUUUUCCGGUUCUAUCUGACUCUUGAAGCGAUCCCCGGGUUAUAUGAUUGGAAGUUCUGAACUUUGGAAUUAUUUAAUUUAAAUAUGAAUGACUGUCGCAAAUACUAAAAUCAAUGCAAAGUCCCGGAGAAAGGGAAUUUUGCUGGACGUUGAGCUAUCAAGUUUACAAGAAGAUGGUGAUGAUAACGUCCCUGGACCAACCACCACCUUAGCCAACAACCACCAAAUUCGAAUCUUCAUAAUCAAGAGACUAAUGCCUCGGAGCUACCUUACUGUUGUUGCUUUCUAUUCACAUUUUCUUUCUUGUUCUUGAGUUUUCUAGCUGGCAUUUUUCUCAGCCUUGGUUAGAUCUCAACUGGGACACUGUAUGAAUGGCAAAUUUCAGAUCUUGGACUCCGAUAUGGAUAUCUUUUUUCGGUCUGGUUUUUCCGAAUCUUGUGCUGAACUUCAAAGUCAUGGCAUCAGCAGGUGAUAAUGGUGGAACUGGUUCUGCAACAGAAAGUACUUGCAAGAACACGAAUUAUCAAAGCUUUCUCCCUCCACCAUAUCAGAACAUAUCUCAUAUGAUAUGUAGACCUGUGUGGAAUACGUAUGAAUUGAGGUUCACCCAAAAUGAUCCUCAGACCACAACUAUUAUACUAUCUGCCCCCUACACAAUUGGGUGGGUAGGAAUUGGGUUUUCAAAAGAUGGGAUGAUGGUUGGUUCUAGUGCAAUGGUGGGAUGGAUCAGCCAACAUGGUCAUGCAAAAAUCAAACAGUUUUAUUUGCGGGGCAGAAAAUCGUCAGAAGUAAUAGCAGACAAAGGAGAAAUGCCUCUCAACAACGUUCCUGCUGCUGUGGCAACUGAUGGGGCUCAAAUUCACUUGGCAUUUCAGUUGCAAACCACAACUCCACUUGGGAGGCAACCCAUUUUGAUGGCUUUUGGUGCUAAAACGCCACAGAACCAUCACCUCUCAAAGCAUGUUGAUAAAACAGCUAUUGUGUUUGAUUUCUCUUCAGGUUCCCAGGGUUCUGUAUCCAAUAACUUGAUUCAAAUGAGGAAGAGCCAUGGAAUAGUGGGCAUAAUAGGCUGGGGUCUAAUCUUACCUAGUGGGGCAAUCAUAGCAAGAUACUUCAGACAUAAGGAUCCCUUAUGGUUCUAUCUGCACUCAGUGAUUCAGUUUGUAGGGUUUGGAUUUGGUCUUGCCACAGUCCUUCUUGGGUUACAGCUUUAUUCCAAAAUGCAAGUUCAUAUACCAGCUCACAGAGGAAUAGGCAUCUUUGUCCUUGUGCUAAGCAUUCUUCAGAUCUUAGCAUUCUUCUUGAGACCAAACAAAGACUCCAAGAUUCGCAAGUAUUGGAACUGGUAUCACAGUUGGUUUGGGCGAUUGGCUCUAUUCUUUGCAGCCUUGAACAUAGUGUUGGGGAUGCGAGCUGCAGGGGCAGGGGGUGAUUGGAGAAUAGGCUACGGAUUCUUGCUUAGUAUAGUAAUUGUUGCAAUCAUAGUUUUUGAAGUUUUGGCUUACUUGCAAAGGAAGGAAAGGCGUUCUCUGCCUCCGAGCAUCCAAAUGGACCAUAAUGGAGUUGCUUCCAUUCCAAGUAACCUAGCCAAAGGGUGAAUGUGAUUUGCUGCUAGUUUUGGGCAUCCAGACACAGUAAAUUGUCAGAUUGAAUCAUGGCUUUCAUCAUGUUAUCUGUUUGAGAUAUAUGAUUGAAUCUGAACUUCGACACUAUAGAAGCUAUUCUUUGGGUGAAAUCUCUUGGUACGGAUACAUAGAAGGUGCUUGUAUAGAUAACAAAUUAAAGUGAGAAGAUUUGCCAAGUUGGUUUGGUACAACCUCCUUUUUCCACUUGAGAAAACGAUUGGACCCCCUUUUUGGUUUUGGUUUCUUUGUUGGGUUUUUGCUGCUUGGGCGAGAGAAAGAGCAAGCAGUUGUUUUUGCAUGUAAUGAUUAUUUUCAUUUGUCAUGUUUUAAAAAUAUUGAUUUUUGACAAUAUCAUAAAAUUGUUUAAUUUUAUUGAAA